UAAUAUGCCGUACAAUUUGUAAGUUUCCCGGUGAUCAAACCGACUAAGCCAUGAUUAUAAAUUAAGUCGGUUUGUCAUUCAGGUUUUAAUUUUUCUUUAUUUGAUUAUAAUUCAUUUAUGAAAUAUUAUUUUAAUCAAAUUUUUUUCAAUAACAGCCAAAAUAACAUGUCUUCAAGCUUUGCAAAAAUAAUCAUUGAUCCACUUCCUGGAACCGAUGAAUAUGAAUCGGGUCUAAAGAUCUUCUUAAGAAUUUGUAGAUAUUUAAAUCCGUAUAAUCUUCUCAAAUUGUCAUGUGUAUGUAAAAAAUUUAAUGCAUUAUUGUGUUCAGAAAGAUAUUCUAUUUCGUGCUUGUGGGAACAAUCUCGGAUAGACUUUACGCCAUUUGGAAGUAUGAAAUGUCCCGAAGACAUGUCAAAUCGAGAAUUUACCAAACUUUUGUGUAUCGAAAACGGAUGCCAAAAUUGCUGGAAUAAAAAUGUUAGAAUCUGCAUUUAUUGGAUUCCAAGAGUUCGCUUAUGUGAAUCUUGUUUACUUUUGCUAGUCAUCUCCAAGAAAGAACUGGAACAAAAAUGGAUAGUUGCCCCUGAACUGAUUAAUGUAAUUCCACCGGUAUUUCAUGAAGAUCCUUGGAAUGAGGGUAAUCCUUGGGAUGAAAGUAAAAAAAGUUAUUGGAUAUCUCAUGUAUAUGAAAUUCAAUCUGAAUAUUGCACUUUGAAGUCAAACGAUGAAAAAAGUUUUUUGCUGUCAGAGAGAAAAUGUAAAUUAAACGAAUUAAUGAAUUUUAGUCGUAUACAACAUGAACUUACCCUAAGUUGUAUCAGAACAAGUUGAAAGCAAGAUUACUAUCACUCUUGUAGACAAAUUGAAGAAAUGUAUCUAUUAGAAGAAUUAUUCAAAGAUUAUGAUUUAAAUUCAGAUAUUUGGUCUUAUUGGUCUAGUAUAGAUUUAUAUCAUAAGGUGGCGAUCUCUAAUUUAAUUGUGCAACAAGAGCCGAAUUUUCAGUGUAACGUGUCAAUUUGGUAAAAUAUAAAUGCUUUAAAUGCAUGCUUCCGUUAUUAUUAUAUUUUUUUUUUCUUUUUCUAAAAAUUAAAA